AUGGUAGAAGAUUCUAAACCCAAGACAUACACUUAAAAAUAGUAGAAAUCAAAGCAGAAAUAAAGAUUGCAAUAGAAAAUUCAAAGCAAUGAUUCUGAUGAUGAAUUUCUGAACUAAAUGAUACUUAAGAAUUAAGAAAAUCAAAAGCUUUAAGAGAUCCAGGAAUAGAAAGAAAAAGAAUAAUUACAAAUCAAAUAAUCCAAAGGACCUGCCUACGACUUUGACUAUCCCUUAAUAUACUCUACUUUUGUUGACAAUUCCCACCUUAGAAAUUUAAAUAAUUGGUAAGAAAAGGAGAUCAAAUUAUAAACAUAACCACCAACCAUACCAAUUUCUUAGUAAUUUAAGGAUUAAAAAUACCCAGUAUCCCACGAGAUUCCAUACUUAGGGGAGAAGUCUACAAGAAUCAGCUCAGAUGAAAUGAGAGAGAAAGAUCAAAUUCAUGAGAAAUAAUUAAAAGCUUUACGUAAAGCUGCUGAGUGUCAUAAGUAAGUAAGAUAAUAUACCUAAUAAAAAUUAUUAAAACCAGGAAUGAAAUUAAUUGAUAUAUGUGAACAAUUGGAAGACAUGAAUAGAUAUCUUAUUGAAGCCAACGGAAUAGAAGCUGGUGUUGCAUUUCCAACAGGAUGUUCUUUAAAUUUCUGUGCUGCACAUUGGACACCACUAAUCCAGUGUGAUAAUACAGUGUUGGAUUACAAUGAUGUUUGUAAAUUGGAUUUCGGAACAUAAGUUGAUGGAUGGAUUAUCGAUUCUGCCUUUACGGUAGCAUUCAAUCCUCGUUAUGAUAAAUUAUUAGAAGCCUCAAAGGAUGCCACAUACACUGGAAUCAAAACUGCAGGAAUAGAUGUAAGAUUAGGCGAUGUUGGUGCAGCCAUCCAAGAAGUCAUGGAAAGCUAUGAAGUUGAAUUAGAUGGGAAAACCUAUAAAGUCAAAUCUGUCAAAAACUUAUGUGGACAUCAAAUUUGCUAGUACAAAAUACAUGGAGGGAAAAGUGUUCCCAAUGUUAAAAGCAACGAUAACACGUUAAUGAAGGAAGGGGAACUUUAUGCCAUUGAAACCUUUGCAUCCACUGGAAAAGGAGUUGUUUAUGAUGACUUAGAGUGUUCCCAUUAUAUGAAGGACUUCUAUUGUAAACAACCUGUUGUCAAAAAUCCAAAAGCGAAGGCAUUAUUGAAUCAUAUCAAUCAAAAAUAUGACACAAUUGCCUUCUGUAAAAGAUAUUUAGAACGUGAUAAACAGUCUAACUAUCUUUUAGCCCUUAAAAAUUUGUGCGAUCUUGGAAUCAUCAACGCUUUGCCGCCACUCUGUGAUCUUAGAGGUUCAUAUGUUGCCCAAUAUGAACAUACCUUAUUUUUGAAGCCCAGUUGCAUCGAAAUACUGUCCAAAGGAGAUGAUUACUGAAAAGAUCAGGAAUUAUGAAAAAUAUACAUAAAAGAACAUACAUAAAAUAUAUAUAAUUAACAUA